UGCUUAUUCAACGAGCAUUUCUAAAGCUUUUGCAAAACCAACAAGGAAUGGAAAAUAAAAAAACUCUUUUCUAGCAAGAAAGAAUCUUCCAUGAACGGAUACAUUCUCAUUUGAUUUGACAGUCCGAUUUUUUAAAUUAUAACUAUCCAUAAAACCCUUGCAACACUUCUUUUGUUGUCAAAAGGAUAUCCCUCUUUGUCAAAAAGCUUUUCCAUAUUAUUUAUUCAAGAAAAACAUAAUUUACAAAGAAAGAACAUAAAUUGUCUCUCAGUAAUCUCCCUGCCAAAAAAAAAAUGCCACUUGUAGGGCUUACUGGUCCUGUAUGCAGUGGUAAGGACACUUUAGUAGAAUUUUUAGUUACAGAACUUGGUUUCAAACCUAUUGAGCGAGUAUACAAGGCGGAUGAACGAACCGACAUUGUUUACCAAAUCGACAAUAAAAUACUAGUAGGAGUCAAUGCUCUAAUAGACUAUGUAACCCAGCAUUGGCGAAGCCGUUUUGUCAUAAAUGGAAUUCCUUCUACUCAACUUCUUAAUGGGAUCUUAAAACGACCCUUUUUCCUUCUUGUUUACGUUGAUGCUCCUGUUCUUACUCGCUUUCGUCGGUACACAAGUUACCCUCAUUUAAAAAAUACUACUCUCGAGCAAUUUUGUGCCAUUCAAGAUGAAGCAGCCUUCAAGAGCGAUAAUAGCGUCAAUCGUCAGCGGUCUCUGGCUCAUGUCCAUAUCAACAACGACGCUUUUGACAAACCCAUCUUAUGGGAUAAAUUAAGAUGCGCAGAUGUAAUGAACAAUGACAGAUUCCGACCCUCUUGGGAUAGUUACUUUAUGCAGAUGGCCGGUUUAGCUGCUAUGAGAAGCAACUGCAUGAAGCGGCGUGUUGGCUGUGUUCUUGUUCGUGAUAAUCGCAUUAUUGCUACCGGUUAUAAUGGAACCCCUAGAGGGAUUAAAAACUGUAAUGACGGCGGCUGCCCUCGUUGUAACUCUGCUCAGUCUUGUGGUACUGACUUACAUACGUGCUUGUGUCUUCACGCAGAGGAAAAUGCUCUAUUAGAAGCUGGACGUGAACGUAUUGGAUCCAAUGGUAUUCUGUAUUGUGACACAUGUCCCUGUCUAACUUGCUCGGUGAAAAUUGCUCAAGUUGGCAUUAGCGAAGUUGUUUACAGCAUGUCUUACAGUAUGGAUACCCACAGCGCAUCGAUACUUGAAAAAGGUGGUGUCCGUUUACGACAGUUUGUGCCGCCCGAGAACAAUGUCUUUUGAUGCUUUGCUUGUAAGAGCUAGUCGAGUCAUAUUUCUUAAGUCCAUUUACAAGAUUCAUCUUGCUGUAUCACAACGAUCUAUCAAUCUUUAAGCUUUUUCAAUCGUUACAAAUUUUUUAAAUAAAAUAGAUAUCCCCAAAAAUAAACUGUUUCC